AGACAGAAGCGUAAAGAGAGAAAACAGCAGAGGAAACUGGAGAGACAAGUGCAGGCUGAAGAUGGAGUGGAGUGGACUGGAAAGAAGCGUUUGUGCAGGUCAGCAGAGCCCAGCUCUCUCAGGCUGGUCAUAGACUGCAGCUUUGAUAACCUCAUGGUGCUCAAGGAUGUAAAGAAACUUCACAAGCAGAUUCAGAGGUGCUAUGCUGAGAACAGACGCACACUACAUCCUGUACAGUUUUAUCUUACAAGUCACGGCGGUCAGUUAAAGCAAGUCAUGGACGAAAUUAACAAAGGCUGGGUCAACUGGAAGUUUACCUUGAGGUCAUUAAAAGCUUCACCAAAGCUCUUGGUUUUGGGGAAUUCAAAUGCUCUGUUACAGGGAAUCACAUUUGAUCGAGCCCAAGAGCUUGGCAUUGCUCAUGCUCAGCUUCCGCUGGGCAGUUUUGUCAAGAUGAAUAGCCGCAAGGUGCUGGCUGUCAAUCACGUUUUUGAGAUCAUUCUAGCAUUCCUGGAGAAACGAGACUGGCAGGAAGCUUUCUUUACCGUUCUGCCACAGAGGAAGGGAGCUGUGCCAGUGGGCCAAGAGAACAAGCUCGGAGAGGGCAAUGACGAGGAAGAAUCUGAUGAAGACUCGGACACAGAACACCCAAUCUCAGAAAAGCGAACGGACUUAAAGGACCAAUCAGAAAGCAAACAGGAAGAACACAAACCUGUGCUAAUUCAGUCAGAUUCCAGUGAGCGAAACACAGCGUAGAGAUGCGAAACACAGCGUUUUUCUUUUUAAUUGAAACAUUUCUCAAUGUUUGAAAUGCUUCAUGCAAAGGUUUGUAUUUGAAGGUGUUUUUGUUGAAACAAAUUUCAUGAAAAAUAAAACAAAAAUAAAUACAAAAGAGAAAUUACCCCCC